UGGUCGCAGCUUCAUAGUGGGAAGUGCCCGAACGCCGGUGUCUCCCUGGUUGCGCAAGACGCCAUUUUGGAGUGACAGUGAAAGAUAACGGAAAGAACAAGAAGCUGUUUUUUCUAGAGCUUCGUCACCAUGGGGAAUGUAUUCGCAAACUUAUUCAAGGGCCUGUUUGGCAAAAAAGAGAUGAGAAUUCUCAUGGUCGGGCUUGAUGCUGCUGGAAAAACAACUAUCCUAUAUAAACUGAAGCUUGGAGAGAUAGUCACCACUAUUCCCACCAUUGGUUUUAAUGUUGAAACAGUAGAAUACAAGAACAUUAGCUUCACAGUGUGGGAUGUGGGCGGUCAGGACAAAAUCAGGCCGCUGUGGCGCCACUACUUCCAGAACACUCAAGGGCUUAUUUUUGUGGUGGACAGCAACGACAGGGAGAGAGUGAACGAGGCGAGAGAGGAGCUGUCCAGAAUGCUCGCUGAGGACGAACUGAGAGACGCUGUGCUGCUUGUUUUUGCAAAUAAACAGGAUCUCCCCAACGCUAUGAAUGCUGCAGAGAUCACAGACAAGCUGGGCCUACACGCCCUCCGCCAGCGCAGCUGGUACAUCCAGGCCACCUGCGCCACCAGCGGGGACGGCUUGUACGAGGGCCUGGACUGGCUCUCCAACCAGCUGAAGAACCAGAAAUGAUCCAUUCCACCCGUUUUGAUUUAUUUUUUUGUUUGUUGUUUAUUUUUUUCUGUUUCAACACAGCGGCAGCACCGGACCCAGGCCCCACCGCUCCCCCAUCUGCCCGGCUCCCUGCCCCAGCUCUUUACUUUCGAGACCUUCCUUCAUUCCCUCUUCCUGUUUUCUCCCCUCGUCAGUACUCUCGGGGCUCUAGCCUGUGCUGCUUGUGUGUGCGCGGGCGUGUAUGUGUGUGCGCAUGUGAGUGAGUACCUUGUGUGUUCAGCGAGUGUGUGUGGGUGUGAAGGCGUCUCUGUGUGUGUUGGCUGGGAUUGGGAGUAACCCUGGCGUGCCUUUUACACACCUCCUGUGGAAUCAGCAGUCUGGUUUUCAAGCCCCUUCUCCAUCCACCAAACUCAGCCUCUGCCCCGCUCAGCCUACCCCCACUCUCAGUCUUGCACGGCCCCCUUCUCCCCACCCUUACUCCCCAGAGGAAGCAUGGUUUUCAUACGGCAAAGAAAGAGCAAGGGUGCAAGCUCUCCCUCCUCCCUUUAGUAUAUACGUUAACUAGAAAAGGUCGCCCAGUAUAGACUGAAUGCUAGAUGUUCAUUUUAACUGCUUAGAUUUUGAGACCUCAAACCCACCAGUAAGAGAUUCAGUAAAUUGCAUCUUAACCUGUAUCAGGUCAAAGCAAAUCAAAAAGCAGAAAAGAAAAAAAAAUCCCAUCCUCGGUCAUUCUGCUGUCAUUUGAAAAUCAUGCUGUUUGUUUUAUUAUUAUUAUAUUGGAAUAUAGCAGAUUAUUCUUAGAAAUGGUUCUGCAGUGAACACUACCUUCCUCCCCGACUCUGAGAUCACGAAGCACAAGGCAAGCCAACAAUCGUCAAAACGAAGAAUUAAAAUUAGAACCUGCGAGUGUGUGUAUGCAGUUCUCGUCUCUUCCAGGUCUUUUGGUUGCUGGCCUUUAAUUCCCGGGAUUAAAUUGGAUAUUUUUGAGAUGACCUUCAGUGUACUGAAUCAUUCUGACAGUGUUCCUACUGUAUGUCAAACAUCAGCCGGUGUCCUGAUACAUUCUCGAGCUUCACAUGAGACGUUACAUGUGGGUUUAUUUUUUGUUUCUGUAACUAGUUUUAGCAUUUCUACUUGUACUUUGACUGCUGAACCAAAUGCAUCGAGCAGUGUGACAAAUCCUGUACAUGGAAGUAGUAAGAGCAUCUUCGAGGGCCUGAACUGAUUUCGACGAGUUUUAUUUUCACUCACCAACGGUUGGCAGGUGUACAUUAAAAUCUGAAAAGCAUCCAGCUGUGAGGUUUUUGUGGUUGGGAUGAAGAAUGGGCACCAAAUAUGAAGGCUCUUAAACUGUGAACUGUCCAGACGAGAAGAAAAGGAGGGAAAAGAAAAAAGGUUAGCAUGUCUGGGUGUUUUACAGGCUACUUCUUGUCAUUGUAGCGCUGCAUACUUAGUGACCGAGAAGACCACCAAGUUCUGGGGGCGAGCUGGAAGGACUUGGUUGGAGACCUGUCGAGGGGAAUGGGUGUGUAGUUACCUGGUCCUGAGUUUCAGCAGGCGUCCUCAGUGUUGAACCAUGGGGGGGUUAAGCUGGCACUUCUGUCAAGAAUGAUUGUAAAUCUGUAAGUUCCCCUGUAAACUGUUUCCGUGGGGAUUUCCUGAACACAUUAAUAAACAUGAUUUGAUCCAA